UCUCCCUCUUCCUCCACUCCGCAUAAAGCUCCUUCCCCCUAAGAAGAAGAAGAAGAAGAAGAAGAAGCAGAAGAAGCAGAAGAAGCAGAAGAAGAAGAAGAUGCCUCUCCAGUCCACACUGUCGGGCCGGGGCUCCGGCUCCAGCAAGGCGGUGGACACGCAGUCGGACGGGAGGACGUUCGACGAGCUGAGGCACGACUGCCUGCAGCGGGGGGUCCUGUUCGAGGACCCGGACUUCCCCGCCGCCGACUCCUCGCUCUACUACAGCCAGAGCGUCCCCGUCAACAUUGAAUGGAAGAGGCCAAAGGAGAUCUGCGAGAACCCGAAGUUCAUCGUGGGCAACGCGAGCAGGACGGACAUCUGCCAAGGACAGCUUGGCGACUGCUGGCUCCUGGCAGCCAUCGCAUCCUUGACCCUCAAACAAGAAACCCUGGCCCGAGUCGUGCCCCACAACCAGGACUUUGACAGCAGAUACGCCGGCAUCUUUCACUUCCAGUUCUGGAAUCACAACAAGUGGUUGGACGUGGUGGUGGACGACCGGCUGCCGACGGUCAGGGACAAACUCAUCUUGGUUCACUCCGCCUCCAACAACGAGUUCUGGAGCGCCCUGCUGGAGAAAGCCUACGCCAAAAUGCACGGCAGCUACGAGUCGCUGAAGGGCGGCAGCACCAUGGAGGCCAUGGAGGAUUUCACCGGCGGCGUCGGUGAAAACUACGAGACCAAGAACGCUCCAGACAACCUGUUCGCCAUCAUGAAUAAGGCCCUGGACCGAGGCUCCAUGAUGGGCUGCUCCAUCGACAUCUCCAGCUCUGCAGAGUCUGAGGCCAAGACCACCACCGGCCUGGUGAAGGGACACGCGUACUCCAUCACCGGCCUGGAGGAGUUGACGGUCCGAGGUCAGAAGGUCCAGCUGAUCCGGAUCAGGAACCCCUGGGGUCAGGUCGAGUGGAACGGCCCGUGGAGUGACGGGUCCAGAGAGUGGAGUAAUGUUGGGGAAGCAGAAAAAAAACGCAUCUUGAAGAAAUCAGACGACGGUGAAUUCUGGAUGGAGUUCAGCGACUUCAAGAGGAACUACGACAAGGUGGAGAUCUGCAACAUGACCCCGGACGACCUGAACGACAGCACCAAGCGCCACUGGGAGGUCAACAUGUUCGAGGGGAAAUGGAUCCGCGGCUCCACCGCCGGAGGCUGCAGGAACUUCAUCGACACGUUUUGGACGAACCCGCAGUUCAAGCUGCAGCUGGAGGACGCCGACGAUGAUGACGACGUGUGCAGCGUGGUUAUCGCUCUGAUGCAGAAGAACAGACGGAAACUGAGGAAGGAAGGCAUGGACAUGGAGACCAUCGGCUUCGCAGUGUACGAGGCUCCAGAGGACGAGGACCAGCUGGGAAAAGACUUCUUCCGCUACAACGCGUCCAAAGCGCGCAGCAGGUCGUACAUCAACGUGCGCGAAAUCUCGGAGCGCUUCACGCUGCCGCCGGGGAAGUACCUGCUGGUGCCCACCACCUUCCAGCCGCACCACGAGGCCGACUUCAUCAUCCGGGUCUUCUCCGAGAAGAAGACGGCCGCCAUCGAGAUGGGCAGCAACGUGGACGCUGACAUCCCAGAGCCGCCGCCGCCCUCCGCCCCGGAGGACGAGACGGAUGAGGAGAAAGGCCUGAGGAGGCUGUUCGAGCAGCUCGCCGGCUCGGACGAGGCCAUCUCCGUCAGGGAGCUCCAGCAGAUGCUGAACGGCGUCCUGAGCAGACGAAAAGAGAUCAAGUUUGACGGCCUGAGUCUGAGCACCUGCCACAGCAUCAUCAACCUGAUGGACGUGGACAACACGGGGAAGCUGGAGUUCCAGGAGUUCAAGGUCUUCUGGGAGAAGAUGAAGAAGUGGAUCAUGCUCUUCUUGUCCUUCGACACCGACCGCUCGGGGAAGAUGUCGUCCUACGAGCUGCGCAUCGCCCUGAAGGCCGCAGGCAUGAAGCUCAACAACCAGCUGCUGCAGGUGAUCGGCUUGAGGUUCGCCGACGACAAUUACGACAUCGACUUCGACGACUACCUCACGUGCAUCGUGCGCCUGGAGAACAUGUUCAGAGCGUUCCAGGUGCUGGACCAGUCCAAAAGAGGACGCGUGAACAUGAACAUCAUGCAGUUCCUGAUGCUGUCGAUGAACGUGUGAAGAAACAACGAGACCGAACAAAAUCCACCAGAAGAACAAAUCGGGUGUUGGCUAAUGUUUUCUCAUGUAUGCUCUUUAAACUCCCGGCAUAUAUAUAUAUAUUUUUGUUUGUUUUUAUUAAUGUGAGAUGUUUCCUGCGCUGAAGAUGAUGGAAUAAUGGGAUCAUUUUUUUAGAAUUUUCUGACUUUUUUGGACAAAACAUUGUUUUAUUUUGCUUAUCUGCUGCUGUUUGCGUAAAUGGAAAUAAACUUUUAAUAAAACGUC